AUUAAAUCACAUCUUUUUCUUAAUUCAUGAUAGAUCGAGAGAAAAAUUGUUUGCAUGUACGUCCAAGUACACUAACCAAAUGAUUAAUUCAAUUAUCAUGCAGUCAGAUAACAUAAUAUUUCAUUUUUUUACCAACAUCUUUGACUAUAUAGACAAAGCCUAACACUGUCAAGUUCCAGGUCCAGGAUCUCCAGCACUAGACUGACUGUAGGACUGCAGUUUGCUUAUUAUGCAUUAUUAUGCUUGUAUGUUUAUACGAGAUACCCCUGUUUUCAGGUACAUACAUUGAGGAACAAUGAGAAAAAAGUUCUUAAAAUAAUAAGAAAGUGUUUCCGCCAUAACUACAAUUACGGUCCAAUAGUCUGAUCAUAAUCAUCGAAUUAGAAAUUUGAAAUAUUGAUUAAUUCUUUAGCUUUGCCGUUGGAUGGUAUUAGCAAUGCAUUUCGCAUUUUCACAUAAAGAGAAACAUUUCGUUACAAAUAGACAAAUUCCUUCUGAACCGUGUUUCAAAUGAUCAUCAAUAAUUCUUUCGUUGGACAUUCACGUUUUUCCUUGUUCGUAAUUGUUCGCAUGCAUAGGUUACUUAGGUUAGACGGCGUCUAUGAUACAAUUCGCUCGUACAGUACAUAAAUGAAAGUUAAUCGAAUACAGUACGGAAAUGUUGUUGCUAGUACGACUGGAAAGAUGUGCGUUUCAUACGCAAAUGCGACAAUUGGUUACGCUUCGAAUGUGCAGUAGGGCACUAGUGAAGACUGAUGCCGCGUUCCGGGACCGGGUUGAGUGCAAUAAUAUAAAUUUAUCGAAUCUUGGUGCGUACAGGUCGAUUAACACUAACCCUCAAAGACGAUCCGAAGAUUUUCAUCUGCCACCGUUAAUGUGGCAAAAGACGCCGAUGUCGCUCUUCCCACUGUUCAAUAUCUGCAUGUCGUAUUUAAUUAUACGUACGACCAUCGACAGAGAGUUCAGGUUAAAAGAUUUCGUAAAUGGAGCCAGACAGGCAAUCUCGGUGAUAUCCAAUGCUCUAGCUACGCAGAAUUAUGAUAUGUUGGAUGGUAUUGUGAAAGAAAGGAGUAUAAAGAUACUGAGGCAUAGAGUCGAUCGUUUGACGCAAACCCAAAGAGAAUUAAUCAGUGUAGACCUAAAUAGACUUUUAUCUAUCCCAGGCUUCAUGACAAUAAGAAAAACCAAAGGUGAUGAAACGAUUGUUGAAAUAGAUUUACUCGGAGUAAACGUGAGGGAUGUCAAUGAAAAUACGUUAAAUGCAAGCCCGAUAAGAUUCAUAUUCUGUUAUUACACCUUUCAAAGAAAGUAUGCCGAUGGUGUUGGAGGAGCAUGGACAGCGAAAGUAGUGAAUCAUGUGGCGAAGUAAUCGACUGUCAUAGGAUUUCAUCGUUUAAGAAAAUAAACCUUUCAUUUGAAAAUUCGAAUUUAUCAAA